AUACUGGGGUUCUUUAUGUAACCUUGUGGCUUCAUUAAUUAACUCUGUACGCUCAAUUGCAAGUCUUUUAGUAUUGCUGUUUUUAUUCAUUGUGAUUUUUGCCUUAUUGGGUAUGCAAGUAUUUGGAGGAAGAUUUAAUAGUGAAGAAUGGGAUAAACCUAGACACAAUUUUGAUAAUUUUUAUCAGUCGCUUUUAACUGUGUUUCAGGUCAAACAGUUUAAAUACUUGGGAAGCAUAAUUACAGAAAAUCUAGAUUCAGAGAAAGAAAUUAAAUGUGGAAUAGCAGCAGCUAGAACAUCCUUCCAAAAAAUGGAAACCCUGCUCUGCAACGACAAUUUAAAUCUGAAAUUGCGGCAAUGCAUGGCCGGAUGUUAUAUUUGGUCAGUUCUCCUCUAUGGUGUGGAAAGCUGGACAUUAAAAAGGAAUACAGAAAGAAGACUGGAAGCAUUUGAGAUGUGGAUUCACAGAAGGAUGAUGAUAGUCCCAUGGACGGAUCGAGUGACCAACAAUGAAGUUCUAAGCAGAGCAAGAACAAAGAGAAAAUUGUUGUCAACGAUCAAAUACAGAAAGAUUGCAUACUUGGGACAUAUCACUAGUGGAGAAAAAUACAAAAUUCCACAACUAAUUCUCAAUGGAAAGAUUGAGGGAAAGCAUAUUCUGCUCAAUGUCUUCUUGGCUAUUGCUGUGGAUAAUUUAGCCGAUGCAGACGGUGACGGUGAUGGUGAAGUCGAAAAAGAAGAAGGAAAAGAAGAAGGAGUUGAAGGAACUGCAGUUCCAGAAGAGAAUACCCUUUGUAAAGAAGAAGAUGGAAUAAUUAAGCGUCAAGAAGCGGAAGAAGUCGAAAGCGAUGAAACAAAAAAGUUUGACAUGAGUCAAUUGAAUCAUAUAUCAAAAGAUAGGCUGUCUCAAGUCCAUAUAGAUAUAGAUUUAGCUGAAAAGGAAGGAGUCGAAGAAACUGUAAAAGAUGUAGAGGAAGAUCAACCUGCAGAAGUUGAAUGUGAAGAAGAGGGAAAAACAAUUACCCAGCCUACUGUAGUGCCUAGACGCAUGUCAGAAGUGAAUUUACCCAAUGAAACUCCUCCUAUGCCAAAAGAAUCUUCCUUUUUUAUAUUUUCAAAUACAAAUAGGAUUCGGAUCUUUUGUUUUGAUGUUAUUAAACACAGUCUGUUUGGAAAUAUUAUUUUAGUUUGUAUCCUUAUUAGUAGUAGUAUGUUAGCUGCUGAAGAUCCAUUGCAGUCAGAGUCAGAAAGAAAUAAGAUUUUAAAUUAUUUCGACUAUAUUUUUACAUCCAUUUUUACAAUAGAAAUUACAUUAAAACUUGUUACUUAUGGUCUUAUUUUACACAAAGGUUCCUUUCUUAGAAGUGCAUUUAACAUAUUAGAUGUUGUUGUGGUUGGAGUUUCACUUUUAUCCUUUGGUCUUAAAAGUGAAGCAAUGUCCGUUGUGAAAAUCCUCCGUGUUUUAAGGGUGCUACGUCCUCUCCGAGCCAUAAACCGUGCCAAAGGUCUCAAGCAUGUUGUACAAUGUGUCAUUGUAGCUGUGAAAACAAUAGGAAAUAUUAUGUUAGUUACUUGCUUAUUAAAUUUUAUGUUUGCUGUAAUUGGAGUACAGUUAUUUAAGGUAAGUGAAAAUAAAAUUCUUGGAAGUUACAUAAACUAUAUUGAUGGAGAUAUGGACAAACCUAUAGUAAAAGCAAGAGAAUGGACAAGAUAUACAUUCCAUUUUGAUGAUGUUGCUAAAGCUAUGCUGACUCUUUUUACAGUAUCUACCUUUGAAGGAUGGCCACAAUUGUUAUAUGUAUCUAUAGAUUCUUAUGCAGAGAAUCAUGGUCCAUCACAUAACUAUCGUCCCAUGGUUGCGAUAUUUUACAUUGUUUAUAUCAUCAUCAUUGCUUUCUUCAUGGUCAACAUUUUCGUUGGUUUUGUUAUUGUUACAUUUCAAAAUGAGGGUGAACAAGAAUAUAAAAAUUGUGAAUUAGACAAAAACCAGAGGAAUUGCAUUGAAUUUGCAUUAAAAGCCAAACCUGUUCGAAGAUACAUUCCAAAAAAUAAAUUCCAGUAUAAAGUUUGGUGGUUUGUCACAUCACAAUAUUUUGAAUAUGCAAUAUUUGCAUUAAUUUUAGUCAAUACAAUUAGUAUGUGCAUGAAAUAUCAUGGCCAACCGGAAUCUUAUACAAAGGCAUUAGAAAAAUUAAAUAUAGCUUUCAGCAGUGUCUUUGCUCUGGAAUUUGUUCUUAAGUUAAUGGCAUUUCGGUUUAAGGUAAAUCCUUCACAAAAAGUUGGCUUCAGCAUUAACUUUUUUAGGCUAUUCAGGGUUAUGCGUCUAGUAAAAUUACUCAGCAAAGGAGAAGGAAUCAGAACUCUUCUUUGGACUUUUAUUAAAUCAUUUCAGGCUCUACCUUAUGUUGCUCUACUCAUUGUGCUAUUAUUUUUUAUCUAUGCAGUAAUUGGUAUGCAGACAUUUGGUAAAAUUAUAUUACAAUCUGAUACGGAAAUUCAUCGGAAUAAUAACUUUCAGACAUUUCCUCAGGCUGUGGUUGUACUCUUCAGGUGUGCAACUGGAGAGGCAUGGCAAGAAGUUAUGAUGGCUUGUUCAAAAGACAGGGAUCCUUUAUGUGAUCCUGCUUCAGAGGAUGCUGGCAAACCUUGUGGAUCACCUUUUGCUAUUCCUUAUUUUGUUUCUUUUUAUGUUCUUUGCUCAUUUUUAAUUAUCAACUUGUUUGUGGCUGUCAUUAUGGAUAAUUUUGAUUAUCUUACAAGAGAUUGGUCAAUUCUUGGCCCUCAUCAUUUAGAUGAAUUUGUUCGACUUUGGUCUGAAUAUGAUCCAGAUGCUAAAGGUCGCAUCAAACAUCUAGAUGUUGUAACAUUAUUAAGAAAAAUCUCACCACCACUUGGAUUUGGAAAAUUAUGUCCUCAUAGAGUUGCUUGCAAGAGAUUGGUAUCAAUGAAUAUGCCUCUCAAUAGUGAUGGGACAGUUAUGUUUAAUGCUACUUUAUUUGCAAUUGUUAGAACAUCAUUGCACAUAAAAACAGAUGGUAAUAUUGACGAGGCAAAUGAAGAAUUACGAGCUGUUAUUAAGAAGAUUUGGAAAAGAACAAAUCCAAAAUUAUUAGAUCAAGUAGUACCACCUGCUGGAGCCGAUGAUGAUGUAACAGUUGGUAAGUUCUAUGCAACCUUCUUAAUCCAAGAUUAUUUCCGUCGUUUCAAAAAACGAAAGGAAGACAGAGAGAAGGCUACAGGAGAAGAUGGUGCAGCAGGAACUGUUGCAUUACAAGCUGGAUUAAGAACGCUACAUGAAGCUGGACCAGAUUUACGUAGAGCAAUAUCUGGUAAUUUAGAAGAAGAUAAUUUUGAUAAUAAUGGUGAAGAUGUAACACCAAUGCAUAGGAGAAACCACAUGUUGUUUGGAACUAUGUGGUCACGCGGGAAACAGUCUGCUGCUAAAAGUCGUGCCGCUCACUUAAAUGCUAUUCAUGCUCAUUCAAAAAUAUCUCCGGUUAACUCAUUAGAUGUAUCUCCCAGACAUUUUAUGAACAAUAUUAAAAGUAUAAAAGAUUUUCCAAAUUUUAUCCAUGGUCCAUUUUAUCCUGAUGGAAGUGGCGAUAAAUCAAGCUCCUUAUCUAUAGACGACAUAAAUAUCUGCCAACAGAGGAGUUACGUUUCGCCACUCCAUCGGCAGUUCCGUCCAACGUGUAAUACUAACCAUGAAAUAUGUAACAGUUGUAAGGGAAGUUUAUCUGGAGAUGACGAUGAGAACGAACUGUGUGAUCGUUGUAGUGAAAUCAUUCCCUUGAGGGCAAUUCAUAGGCAAAGUAAGAUGUCGGAUUUUAUCAUCAGUUCUUCGACAUCGAGAAGCUCGUCCACAUCGUCCGAUAUUCUGCAAGAGAAUUUACUUAAAAUAAGAAAACUUCAAAAAUGUGACAGUUGCCUAUCCAGAGUUGUUUCCUUGGAUGAUUCUGAAGAUAACAUGGCUCUUAAACCUCCAACUCCUCCUCCCCGUAAGUUUGUCAGCAGAAGUGGAACGGAAACAUUCCGCUUUCUUUGUCUUACUAAGCAAGACAGUCAUGAACAACCAAUUUUGGAUGAUAGUUUACAGGAUGGGCCUCGUCAACCAGUGCAACAGCAACAACAACAACAGCAGCAGCAGCAGCAGCAGCAGCAACAACAACAACAACCAAGAGCAGAACAACCAUUAAUUGCAAGUUCACUCAGAUUUGCUCAGUUUCCAGCAAUGGUGGUUGCAGGAUUGACUCCCGAAAAACCCAGGGGGUACGGAGAUUCCUUACAUCCAAGAUCGUUAUCCAGCGAAAGCUCUAACUACGUGCCCACACACAGGGCCUCGUUUCAUGGAAAUAGAUAUGAGAAAAGAUCACCUGACACGUAUGAAAGUCCUACCGAACAUUACGGACAAGUCGUGGGAAGUGCCGAAAAUCUAGUUGGUCGAGUUCUUCAAGAACAAGGAUUAGGGAAAUACUGCGACCCUGAUUUUGUUAGAACGACGCAAAGAGAAUUGGCGGAAGCAAUCAAUCUAACACCAGAACAACUCGACCAUGCCGCUCAUCAAUUAAUGCAGGCCGAAAGGCGUCAGAGCACUCCUCAGCUGUACAGGCCAGACGAAGAUCUCGUCGAAAAUAGAAAUUUAAGUCGGGCAAGAACUUUUGAAUAUCCCAGCGAAGAACGGUUUUUAAACAUCGGUUACGUACCAACGGACGAAACAGCUCAAACUCACAGGGAUCCUAAAGAUAAAAAUCAAUUUGGUGAUACAAAGUUAUAGCAUUGAAUGUUUAUUUAGGAGUAAAAAGUUGGAAAGUUGUUUUGUCAUGGUAUUCCUACUUUCCUAAAAAG